AUGAAGACCAUCGAUGACAACGACCCCAAACCCUUGGCGGAUGAAGAUGCGGCCUUUUUGGACGGCCUUCUUCGCAGAUACGGUCUUCAAGUUCCCGACAGGUGGCUCGACACUACGGUCUACGUCUCAAUGCUGAUAGGGAUGGUAUUGCUGUACGCCCGCAAUAUUCGAGCGCUGGACCUGAACGACGACCUUCAACACUUUACGGCUCUGAUACCCAAGGACAUUGUUGCCGGAAUACGCUUCGACUUACUUACAAGCUUUCGGGUGCGCCAGUUCGACCCUACGCCUCUGGGAAACAUCUUGCCUCUCCUUCGGCUGGCACACAACCUCACCACUGUCGAUCUCUACCAGCCCGAAGGGGGUUUGGGCGACGGAGAGUUUGACUGGGGCAACGUACACCACCUCACCCUGCGCGGUUCUCUCUUGCCGGUCGACCAACUCAUCCGAAUCAUCAAGGCUUGCAGAAACCUGGGGCUCUUUCAUUACGAGUCGAACAAUGUGUUCGUGGACGAAGCCGUAAUCCGGGCUCUGUCGCAUCACACCAGUACCCUCAAUUCGCUCCAGCUUUUGCUGGGGAGACACACCAUCAUGCACGAAGAUGCUGGUUUCUACCCCGACGCCAUGGCUCUGCCGUCAGUGUCCCGGUUCUCGAAGCUCCGCUCGCUCGGCUUGUCGGAAAGGUACACGGGCUCGGACUCGCGCUGCGUUCCGAGUUCGUUGCCUAGUGCUCUUGAGGAGUUGACGGUAGACGAUGAUAUGGAUGCGCUACGUGAAGUGGGCACGGCUAGAUUUGCGGCACUGGCGGGUCGAUUCAGAAACGGGGAAUACCCUCAGCUUAGGGAGGUGACGCUGGGUACGUUUUUCAGGGCGGAAGAGCACCAUCAUAUUAUCCGGAAGAUUCUUACAGAUGUUGGCCUCUUGUGCCAUGUGAAAUAG